AUGGAACAAGACCUUCGAGAUGCUUACGCGGCACUAAAGCUACUACGUGCUGAUCUGGUGAAGACGCGUCGUGACAAGCAGGUUCUUGAAGCUUCUCUUAGGCAUGUACAGACGCACGGACUGCCACCAAGUGCUGCACACAUUCGUGAGAGUCGUGAGACGCAAUUGAUGCAACAGGAAGAUGCAAAUUCCCCAAUUAUGGCGAUUGGCAAUUAA